AUGUCCGCUGAAAGCACGGGCCACCCGAGAGUGCGUCUCCACCUGAGGAUGCCAUCUUCUCCUUCGAGCUCCAGGUUUACGCCAAAUUUGAGCCCACCUCCUAUUCGUAGCUCUUCAAUAAGCACAUCGAAUCUAUCGCGCCGCCCUAUAACAGGAUUAGCGGGUAACCCACUGUCGUCACCCUCGCUAUACAAUCUCAAGGACACCUUCCUUAUCUGCAACGGGUAUAAACCCGCCUGGACCCCGAAUACCAACCCUACAACUUCGACCCCGACACCGACCCCGACACCAGCGCCUUCGCCGACGCCGACGCCAAAUUCAUCAGAUUCAAAGAGCUUUAACAAACGUGCCCCUCGUACCCCCUUCAUGGCUGAGCCACGCGCCCGUGCCGCCCGGCACAAGGGCCAGAUGAACUUUUCAUCUGAACUCCGAUUUCUUCUACUUGCAUAUGGAGAUCCCAGUCCCCACCCAUCAUUCCCCUCCGAACCGCUCCCGGAGACAGUCCGCGUUCUCGACGAGAUUGUCACAGACUUCAUCCUCGAACUUUGCCACGGUGCUGCGCAGGUCGCGCACCAUGCUCGACGACAGAAGAUCAAAGUAGACGACUUCCGCUUUGCAUUGCGCCGGGAUCCCAAUAAGCUGGGCCGUGUACAAGAGCUAUUACGUAUGGAGCGUGAACUAAAGGAGGCGCGAAAGGCCUUCGAUCAAAAUGAUGAUCAGGUAGCCAAGGAUGCUGGUAAAAAGGGCACCAAUGCUCCUGGGGCCCCCACCGAGGAGGUGGAAGGUGGUGCUGAAUCAGUAGCUGGUGGUCCUGCGAAGAAGAACAAAGGUAAAGGCAAACGAGGUGCUACAACAAGAAGAGGGUCGGACGCUACCGAGGAAUCGGUUUCGAAAAAGAGGAAGACUAAUGGUUGA